UACUCCAGAAUCACUUUAAUCUUCGGCUCGAGGCAAGGUGGAAGUAAGGGACUCGCAUUCGAUGUCAAGGAUCGUUUGAUUCGCCGUUUGUCUUUUCGUAUCGCAUUCUAUAUAUCUUCGACAGAAUAUCAAACCAGACUGCAUCAUGCCGGCGAUUGUAAUUGCGGAAGUACCGACGGUAAAAUUACCGAAUGGCGCAGAGAUGCCGGUUAUUGGACUAGGAACUUAUAAGUCCGCGCCUGGGGAAGUAACUCAAGCUGUGAAAGAUGCGAUCGACAUAGGCUACCGUCAUAUCGAUGGGGCACAUUUCUAUGGGAACGAAAAGGAAGUCGGCGAAGCUAUUCGAGCUAAAAUUGCGGAAGGUGUCAUCAAACGAGAAGAUAUUUUCUACACCGGCAAACUUUGGAAUACUUUUCAUAGGCCGGGAGCUGUCGAACCUGCGCUAAGGACAACUUUAGCUGACCUGGGUCUUGACUAUGUCGACCUUUACUUGAUGCAUUGGCCGGUUGCUUACGAAGAGGGCGGCGAUCUGACUCCUAAGGAUGCCAAUGGCAAAAUCGUGUUCGCGGAUCAUGACUACGUUGAUACUUGGAAAGCCUUGGAGGAAGUUUGCGAAAAGGGAUUGGCAAAAAAUAUUGGAGUCAGCAAUUUCAACAAAGAACAGCUGGAAAGAUUGUUAAAAACCGCUAGAAUUCAACCAGUCACGAAUCAAGUCGAAUGUCAACCCCUCUUAGCCCAAGUUGAGCUCUCUGAAUUUUGUAAAUCAAGGGGUAUCGUGAUUACGGCAUAUCGACCAAUUGGAGGAUUAGGAAAGCCUGGGGAGCCAAAACUCAGGGAGGAUCCCAAACUCGCGAGUAUUGCAAAAAAAUACAACAAGACCAUCAGUCAAAUUCUACUGCGCUACCAGGUUGAUCGCGGACACGUCGCUAUCCCGAAAUCAGUGAACAAAUCUCGCAUCAAAGAGAACUUCGAAAUUUUCGACUUUGAACUCUCUAAAGAAGAUGUUAAGCUCAUUACCUCGAUGGAUCGUCAUCUCAGACUAUGCCAAAUACCGGACUGGAUCGAUAGCCCGUAUUACCCUUUCGAGAAAUAGAUGAGGAACAACUGAAUUUUACACGAUUGUACAAUUCUGAGCUGGGGCUAUCCGAUGGUGUGUGAACAAUUUCUGUGAAAAUGUAUUCUCACUUCCAACAUAAUAAAUCACGUCGAAAUAUAAGCAAUUAUACAUAAGCUA